GCGUCACGCGGCGUCGCGCUCUCCCAUAAUGCAGCGGGCCUGAGGUUUUGAUCCAGUGGAGUUCAUGAGAUCGGUGAGAGCGCUCGACGCAAUGAGGCGGAGAGACACGACAGCCGUCGAACCUUCAUCUCCCAACUGAACACAAACACACCAUUUCUCAAGCCAACAAUCACAUCAGAAACAUGUGGUUCCGCCACUUCUCAAUCCUCCCGAGAGGUCUGUGAGUUCCUGCAAUCCAUUAAGCCCUUGAAUCCGGAGGAUUUUUCCCCCGUCGGCCGAUUCGCACCGAGCAGGCAAUGACAACGGCCUCCGCAACCCCGCAGCAGAUGAGAGACCGGCUGCUGCAGGCCAUCGAUAGCCACAGCAAUAUCUGUAACAUGGUUGCAGUUCUUGAUGUUAUCACCAAUUUGGAGAAAUACCCGAUCACCAAAGAAGCACUUGAGGAAACCCGCUUGGGAAAGCUGAUUAAUGAUGUGAGAAAGAAAACAAAAGAUGAGGACCUUGCCAAACGUGCCAAGAAACUCCUGCGGAACUGGCAGAAGCUGAUCGAGCCCGGCCAAAGUGACACUCCGGCGAGAGGAGUGCCAAACGUCCCGGGCUCUGCCAAUGGAGGUGCUCACCCCUGCCGGACAGACACACCUCCAGUGGUCCCCCCUCCGAGCAAGGUUGCUCCUGAGCUCAAAACCAGGAAUGACAUCCAUAAUACGUACUCCCCAAAGGCGGAGAAAUCCAGCAGCCGAAAGCGGCGAGGGGAGCAAAGAGAUAGUCCGCAUCUGCCGGCCAAAAUGACAAAAACGUCCCUUUACGAGCCAAUGUUUUCCUCUUCCCCACCAUCAAAUGGAAUUAGGGGGAGUCCCGAGCCGCUCCCGGAGAAAGAUGAUGAUGCGGCGACUGACCGGAUCCGCCCGGAGCACCUAGAGAAUGACCGGCACAACAAAAUCCCUGUCAAUGCUGUGAAGCCUCAUCCAAGCUCUCCGGGGCUUACCAAACUACCUAGCACUUCCUCCUUACUCAAAACAUCAGUGUUACAGCAGCAUGCGAGAAUGGACGGAGGCGGGCAGAAUCAACCCAAAAGCCCUCGGUACUCCUCGAGCCCGCGCACCGUAACACACGAGACGAUGGCCAAGAGGUCUUCAACAUAUGCACCAAAAGGGACUCUUUCGAGCCCGUCUCAGAAUUCUGCCCAAGUGCCCUCUCCUUUGCCCACACUGCAGCCUUUAACGUCACCGGCCCAGGUGUGCAUUGGCGAAGGUCCGUCAUCUGUGGGGCUGGAAGGCUCGAUGCACUUGCACAGAUCAUCAGACAGAGUCUCCCAGCCCCUGCACAGCACUGCAACACUGGAGCCGCUCUCUGGCUCCCCGCUCACCGCACAAAGCUUAGAGGGCGCUGAGACCAAGGGUGAGCGGGAGGGAGCGACCUCCAACUUGGAGGGCAAAAAGAGGAAGAAAUACAGACCCAGAGACUACACGGUAAAUCUUCAGGGGCAGUCCUCGGAGGACAGGACCAAACCCGUGCGGUUAAAAGAACGUAGGUUAACGUUCGACCCGGUGACCGGACAGAUUAAGCCCCUCACUCCGAAGGAAUCCCACCACGAGGAAGAGUGCCAAGGACCGCCGAUCGCGACGCCCUCGGCGAGGACUGAGGUGCCGCAGCAAAAGACGCCAACGUCGGUUCCCAACCCCUUUCAGCAGACGAACUGGAAAGAGCUGUCCAGAAAUGAAAUCAUUCAAUCGUACCUUAACCUUCAGAGCAAUGUUCUCACAUCCUCUGGAGCACAGACCCACGGGGCGCACUUUUUCAUGACUGAAUAUUUAAAACGAGAGGAACACGAUGUCAAAGAGCCCCGAAAAAUGCACGUUUUAGUACAGAGCAGCUCCCCAAAAGAACUACCCGGGGUGUCUCGGGACGUAACAAACGAGGACCUUCUCAGAAUACACAACGAACACUGGCCAGGGGUGAACGGUUGCUAUGACACCAAGGGAGCCUGGUUUGAUUGGACAGAGUGCAUAUCGUUGGAUCCUCAUGGCGAUGAGAGCAAAUUGAACAUCUUGCCAUAUGUUUGCCUAGACUGAGAGAACAGAGCUUGGAAAAGUUUUCAAUGUUCCCACUGUGAGUCAAAGAGGAUCGAACCGACUCUCCUUGUCGCUCUGUACCUAGGUUCAUCUUACAGGUGUAGCGAACGAACCAACAGCGGUUGUUCCGAGUUCGGUUUUCCAUAAGAAGGAGCUGAAAAGAGGUCCUGUUUGUAAUGUGCUGCUACCAACAAGAAUUUGCAAACAAGGGUUGUAUAUAAUGGCUCGCAGGGAUUUAACAGGGCCAGUUCUUGCACAAUGUGUGAAUAGGAGGGUCCGAGCAAGCAUUGAGCAGUACAGAUAUGUUUGAAAGCAAGUCGAGAACAUUUUUUUGGCAGUUACAAAAAGCUUUAUGUGACAAAGAAUAAAUUAUAAAAGUUUCUUAUGUAUGCAUCUAUUUAUUUGACCUUUUUUUUUUUUUCUAGCAGAAGGUUAUCCACUAAGAUGUGCAGAUAUGUUUGAGGCUUUUCUGUUCGCAUCACACAUUUGUCCCCUUAUUUGUGAUGUACACAAGGCAUAUAUAAAUACAUUUUUCCCACAGCGGCUCUCACGUACAUGUGCUGAUUGCAGUAGAUACCGACAUUCCAUUCUGAACUGAACAUUUCUCGCUUAACAUUUCUUUCUCGAUUUAUCUAAUAUACGUGAUUUUCAUAUGAGAGAAAAGCAAUCUAUUUUUAGAUGUGUUAAAUAAAACAAUAUUUUAAACAAA